AUGCAUUCUAUGACUUGCCAGGAUUGUCCUAGGAAGUUAGAGGUCGAACGCUACGUUAAAGAGCAUAAGAUUGAUGAAAUGCUUCAGAAUUUGACCUCUUCGUUGUUCUACAAAAUGCCAGAAAAUCCAAAACAAUAUUUAAUUGAACAAUUACGUUUAUUAAAAGCUUCACGUGAUGAAUAUGCAGAACCUCCAACAUUAUUCACUGAAACUAAUGCUGAAACAAUAUUUAAUAUGCUUGAUCCAUGUGAAAAGAACUCAAUCCCUUCUGAUCGAUAUCAGCAUGCAUUAGAAACAUUAGGAGUACUUCAAUAUGGUAAAGUUAUAGACAAUAAAGAUGAAUUCAUAAGUAAAGAUGUAUAUAUGAAUGUUGUUAAAACAGGUUUAAAACAAAUGGCAUCAACUUAUAAACCAUUUAAAUAA